AUGGGCCAGCUUUAUCACGAGAAUGGGUUGCAUCAGUUGCGUGACAGGCGUCGGCGCGCAGAGGAGGAGUUUACUCUGCUGGCUAGUCUCCCAGCGCCUCUGGUCAGUGGGCAUCUGGCCAGGCAACGAGUGGAAGCAGCCACUAGGAUUCAGGCAAGUUUAACUGACUUGUAUCGGGUGAGGAGACAAAUAGGAAAAGAAUUGAUGACUACGCUUAGGAAAAUUUAA